UUGCCGUGCAAAUCAACCAUGCAUGGCGCCAAUGCGCCAUUGACUUUCGCCAUUUCCAGGCAUAGCUAUAGUAUAAGCACUCCCCCUCCCUCCCUACACCCCCCAUUUCCUUCCUCAUAGACGCACCUGCCGAACACACAAGCCAUACACGCAUUGCCACGACCCUCAGCCUCCCCGUCCACCGCGAGCCCAUCACCAUGGGGAAAGCGAUCGUCGUCUUUCUCAUGGCGCUGGCCGUCGCAUUCGCCGCCGGGUUCGCCGACGCUACGCCUCCCGGGCUCCGGAGAAGCCGCUUCCUGGCGACCAAGCUCCCAGAGCCGCCGCUAGCCUGGGGCAACUGCGAGAAGAGGCCCGCCGUCUGCAAGGAGCACGGGAGCCCCGGGAAGGACUGCUGCAACGACAUGUGCACGGACACCAAGAAGAACUCAGGACACUGCGGCCUCUGCGGGAAGAAGUGCAAGUACGGGGACACCUGCUGCGACGGCAAGUGCGUCGACCUCCUCAACGACAAGAAGAACUGCGGCGACUGCAACGUUCAGUGCUCCAACAAGUGCCGGUCCGGCAUGUGCAACUACGCGGGGUGAUCGGCGGCGCGCGGGGAGCACGGCCGGCAUAUAUACACUUCUGCAUAUCUAUCAUCAAGAAAUAAAAUCGGCAGUGCGUAUAUACGACGUGAGUGCAUCUUAAGUCCACAAAAUUGUUUAAGAUAUUUCAAUUGUUGAUCUCCCCCCCUUCAUAUGUAUACUACAAAGAAAAAAGGGAUAUGAAGUCGUACAGAUGAUUUAUACGUCUCA